CGGAGCAAACUCUCUACCUUUCCGCGCAGGACCGACGGCGGCGUCGGCGGCGCAGCGAUUGGAGCGACGGCGUCUCCCGCCGACCACGUGCGUCGCGGGGUGGGGCAGCGGGCGGUGAGCAGCUCGCCGCAAAGCUCUGUUUCCGGGGAGGAGCUGCGUCGGAGCUUGCCGCAAACUCUGUUUCUGGGGUGGCGCAGCGUCGUCUUGGUGCGGUGGCGACUCCGUGAGGCCCCCGGUGCAAGCCCAGCAGGUUUGUCAUGUCGACGUUCGCCGGUGUGUCCGUCCUCGACGGCGACAAGCCGUGCUCUUGCGUAACGUCGGGCGUCGGCGCCGGUGCUGGCGCGAGCAGCGUGUACCACCUGCUCGUGGUCAAGGGCUACUCUGGUAUCAAAAAGGAGUUGCCCAACGGCGAGAGCUGGUGCACUGAUUUGUUCAGGGUGGGAGGCCAUGAGUAUUCCAUCGAGUACUAUCCUAACGGCGCAAACCCCAACUGUGCCGACUUCAUUUCGCUCGAUAUUACCCGUCUCUACGAGGAAGAUGUCGAAGAGGGUGUGGAGGCCAAGUUCAGUUUCAGUCUCGUCGACGACGUCGAGAAGCAGAUGCCGACGUACAUUCGUGCGACUCGUAAAACCCGUGACUUCCGCAGAUGUGAUCCUUGUUGGGGUUGCGACAAGUUCAUGAGAAGAUAUGCCCUUGAGCGAUCAGCCAGUCUAAAGUCUGAUUGUUUCACCAUCAGGUGUGAUAUUGUGGUGUGCAAGGACAACACCCCAGAUGCCACCGGCUCCGGCACCGGCACCGAGGUUCUCCUGCCUGACAUACACCAACAUUUUAGCAACCUCCUUCAGAAUAAGGUGGGUGCUGAUGUGACAUUCGAGGUCAGCGGCGAGACGUUCGCUGCACACCGGUGUGUGCUCGCUGCCAGGUCUGAAGUGUUCAUGGCGCAGCUCUUUGGCACCGCUACGCCCAGCGUCAUGCAGAUCACAGAUAUGGAAGCAAAAGUGUUCAGGGCUUUGCUUUGCUUCAUCUACACAGACUCGUGUCCUGAGAUGGAGAAGAACAGCAUGGAGGAGGAUGAAAUGCCAGGAGUUGUGGGACAAGGACAAGUAGAGGAAGUACUGGAGGAUAAAAUGUCAGAAGUUGAGGAACAAACACAAGAAGAGGCGGUAGAGGAUGAAAUUCUUAUGCAAUGGCUGCAGGACUUGUUUGUGGCGGCAGACAGAUACAAUCUCCAGCGGCUCAAGUUCAUAUGUGAAAAGCAGUUGUGUGAGCAUGUAGGUGUGAGCUCCGUGGCGUCCACUCUUGCUCUAGCCAAGCAGCACCACUGCCAUGGAUUGAAGGCGGCGUGCUUGAAGUUUAUCCAAGUCCUAUCUCCCUCGCGUUUGCAGACACUAAUGGCAACUGAUGGAUGGGGGCAUAUAGCAACGACAUACCCCUCUGUUUUGUACGAGCUCAUUGCCAUCCUUGCGUCAAACCAGCGGAAAUGACACUCUGGUAUGCAUGGUCUUCAAGUGACACUCUUUUGCAUCUAUAGUAUCCUCUAUAGAUAUCGUAGUUUGUGUGCUCUGCUUUUAAUUGUCUCGUCGUGUAAUUUGCAUGAAUGCUGAAUCAGAAAAACCCAACAUAUGGGCAUAUUGUCUCUUCAUGCAAUUGCAAUGGAUGGUCUGCAAAUUCAGUUGUGAGGAUCAACAUUGAUCUUCAUUGCAGCAAUGCACAAGUUUCCCAACAAAUUUCAUUUUAUCCUCAUGUAUUCGUCUGUGCAUUGUGUCGGACAGUGUACCUUUGUACCUCCCCUGUCAUUUAAUACCCUUUUCUAGUGGUUAUCAAGAAGAGCAAAUGUUUGAAGUUUUC